UCAUCAAGGCAUUCAUUCUCUAUUCAGGCUUUCAGGUCUGUUGUAACCAUGUUGGUUUUCUCUUGGUCUGUUGUGGCCCUGCUGCUGGUGUCCUCUUCCUGGGCUGAGGAAAAGGUUGCUUCUAUUGAGGAGGACACAUCCAGGGAGCUUUCUGUGGGUGAACUGCUGGAGAGAGCCAACAGAGACCGCCACCCUGACAUUGAUGAGCCCACCCUGAUCGGAGGAGACAUCGCUAUCAAGUCUGAGGCGGACAGAAACGCUGACCCCUGCACCUCCCGAGGCUGCCUGUGGUUGAAGUAUUCUGAUGGCAAAGUGUACAUCCCCUACUACAUCGCCAACCACUACUCCUCCAGGGAGUUGUCUAUCAUCACUCGUGGACUGGAGUCUUUCUCUUCAGUGUCCUGCAUCCGUUUCAGACCCUACCAGCAGGGUGAUAGUGAGUGGCUGAACAUCGAGUCCAGGCAGGGCUGCUACUCUUUUGUGGGUCGUCAGGGUAGUGGUCAGACCGUGUCUCUAAGCCGUCAAGGCUGCCUGUACCAUGGCACCGUCCAGCACGAGCUGCUCCACGCCCUUGGCUUCAACCACGAACAGACUCGCUCUGACAGGGACAACCACAUCAGGGUGUACUGGGAAAACAUCAUCGAUGACAUGAAGUACAACUUCAACAAGAUUAACACUCUGAACCAGGGAACUCCUUAUGACUACAACUCUGUCAUGCAAUACGAGAAGUACGCCUUCUCCAAGAACAACUAUCCCACUAUGUUGCCCAUUCCCAACAACAAUGUAGCUUUUGGCCAGGCCACCCAGAUGAGCAGGAAUGACAUUGAUAGACUGAACAGGCUCUACAAGUGCUGUGAGUACUGA